AUGGCAAGCAGCAUCCCGCUCCUCUUCACGCUGCCGCCCAGCAACCGGCACGAAGUCAUUCUGGUCGACACCAUCAGCAAGCUCUCGCUCAAGUGCCUGAAUCAGCAGAUCGUGGCCGCCAUGGAGGGGAGUCCGAAUUGUAAGGAGUUCAUGGCCCAAUACAGCCCCACCGCAGGCCUCCCCCGGACGAUCGAGGAACUCCGGAUCCACUGGGCGGCGAGCGGGCGCGAUCGGAAAGCGUGGCCCGAGUAUACGGUCGUUACGGAGAGGAAUUGGCCGGCUGUGCUGGAGAUGCUGAGGGUUGGGGGUGGGAUAGGGAAGGAUGUUUUGGAGGUUAGGGUUGGUGUUGAGGGGGAGGGGGAGGGGGAGGGAGAGUAA